CUCAGAUAUGGAGGCAAAUGGGAGCCAAGGCACCUCGGGCAGCGCCAACGACUCCCAGCACGACCCCGGUAAAAUGUUUAUCGGUGGACUGAGCUGGCAGACCUCACCAGAUAGCCUUAGAGACUAUUUUAGCAAAUUUGGAGAAAUUAGAGAAUGUAUGGUCAUGAGAGAUCCCACUACGAAACGCUCCAGAGGCUUCGGUUUCGUCACGUUCGCAGACCCAGCAAGUGUAGAUAAAGUAUUAGGUCAGCCCCACCACGAGUUAGAUUCCAAGACGAUUGACCCCAAAGUUGCAUUUCCUCGUCGAGCACAACCCAAGAUGGUCACAAGAACAAAGAAAAUCUUCGUAGGCGGAUUAUCUGCGAACACGGUGGUGGAAGAUGUGAAGCAGUAUUUCGAGCAGUUUGGCAAGGUGGAGGAUGCAAUGCUAAUGUUUGAUAAGACGACCAACAGGCACAGAGGGUUUGGCUUUGUCACUUUUGAGAAUGAAGACGUUGUGGAGAAAGUCUGUGAGAUUCAUUUCCAUGAAAUCAAUAAUAAAAUGGUAGAAUGUAAGAAGGCUCAGCCGAAGGAAGUCAUGUUCCCACCUGGGACAAGAGGCCGGGCCCGGGGACUGCCUUAUACCAUGGAUGCUUUCAUGCUUGGCAUGGGGAUGCUGGGCUACCCCAACUUUGUGGCAACCUAUGGCCGCGGCUACCCUGGAUUUGCUCCUAGCUAUGGCUAUCAGUUCCCAGACUAUUUGCCGAUUUCACAAGACAUAAUUUUUAUCAACUAGCUCUUAAGAGAGGCAUAACAAAUUGGGGUUUGCUACCAUUACUAGAGAGAGGACACAGUCCCUGCCGGGGCCACCCCACUGCUGUCAGUGCCCACUGAACACUGUCGUAGCUGCCUGUUGGAACGAAUGUUCUUUUUCUCAUUUUUAAUUCUUGGAAAAGACUCCUGUCCUCAAUGCUUCUUUCAGUUUUUUAAAAGCAAUUUUAUUCUCCAGUCCCCUCCCAGUUUGCUUCUCGUAUGCACUGUGAACACCUCCCCACGUAUUCCACCUGCCACCCUCCCAGAAUGUAAUGGGGCCAGAGGGAAACUUCUCACAAACUUUGUAGAGCCUUCCUCAAGGGAAUCUAGGAAGAAGGCAUCAAAUUAUUUUAAAUAAUUAUCAAAUAGGCUUGUUGGGGCAUUUCAUGGGUGAGCUUUUAAGUGCUGGUGCCCACAGGGGUUGGGGAUAUGUGACUUGGAGCACCUAUGUCCUGUGGCGGACAGAACCAGAAGUGAACACACACACACACACAGAGACUAUUCAAUAAGUACUAAUGUGAACGAUCUAAUCUGGAAGAAAAAUUAUAUAAACAUUAUCUGGUUGUCUUUGUCUUUGGGGGCCAGUCCCUCAGUGGUUGUUGCUAUAAUAAUACACAUCUGUCUUCGGGAAGGGACAGUGGAGGCACCGAGGUGCUGGCACCACAUCUCAGGCCCUGUGGGCACCGAUCCACACUGGGUCCCUCUUUCCCUAGCACCUCUGCCCUCACCUCGCUGCCUACUGGCCUUGCAUUCCCUGCUGGCAUCAAGGACCUCUUGGCCCACUGGGGUCAGAGGGCACGAACACAGAGGGUCUGUCCUGAUCAGGUCGGUACCCCUGAUGGUCACCCCCAGAAGGGCUUCCUUUCCCAAUGAUCCUGAGCCGUCCACUUCCCCGCUCUCUUGGAUUAACGAAGUACAGCUCAGUUGGGCCCUCAAGAGUCACCCCAUGUUCACGCUCAGGGUUUGUGAGAAGUGACCUGCGUGCUUCCGUCGGAUGCAUUCAGUCCCUCCUUUUGAAUGUCAGUGUCCCUUAGACCCAACCUGUGCAGUUGUGUUCAUCUCAUUAAAGAUGCUUGAUGUAAUCAUUGGUUACUUUCCUUUUAUUUUCCCUCAGGCUUUUUCAUGAGUGCUAGUUUUUCUUUUUAACCUGUAUGGCUUUUUUUCCUCUUUAUUUUGUUCUGCUAUGAAUUGCUUUGCUUUGGUGAACUUGUCCUAGUAUGCUUGCCUCA